AUGUCUACACAACAAAAAGCUCCUCUAGGUCGCGUCCUUGUAAUCGGUGGCUGCGGUUUUCUAGGCCAUCACAUCGUCUCUCUUCUCCACGAUCGAUAUAAUUGUACCAUUUCCGUGCUCGAUCUACGUACAACUCGAAAUAGACAUUCUUCACAAGAUGUUACCUACCACGAUGGCGAUAUAACUUCUCUCGAAUCUCUUCUUUCGAUAUUCAACUCAAUCAAGCCAGAUGUGGUCAUUCACACUGCAUCUCCUGUCGCAAUUACAGGAACCAAUGAAUUAUUCCAUAAAGUCAAUGUAGGAGGAACGAAGUGUGUAGUCGAGGCUUGUCAAAAGACGGGUGUGAAAGCUUUAGUUUUUACAAGUAGUGCUAGUAUCAUUUCUGAUAAUACAACUGAUUUGGUUAAUGCGGAUGAGAGGUGGCCUGUUAUACCUGAGAAAUUACAACGAGAGUAUUAUUCAUGGACGAAGGCCGAAGCAGAAUCUAUAGUCUUAGCAGCAAACAGGGCCCCAGAAUCUCCGCAACUUCUCACUGCCUCCAUUCGUCCAUCGGGUAUUUUUGGUCCUGGAGAUGUUCAAUUAAUUCCCGCCCUCCUCAAUGUUCACUACACCAAUCGUACUGGAUUCCAACUCGGUGAUAAUACCAAUCUCUUCGAUUUCACAUUUGUGAAGAAUGUUGCACAUGCACAUCUUCUUUGCGCUGCCGCUCUCCUUGCGACAUCUAAGCUCAACACAACUCCAUUAGACACCGAACGAGUAGAUGGUGAAGCAUUCCUCAUCACCAAUGGAUCACCUAUUCCAUUCUGGGAUAUGGCAAGGGCAGUAUGGGCAGCCGCCGGAUCUACAAAGGGCACAGAACAUGUAUGGGUAAUUGGAAAGGACUUUGGUGUAGGACUUGCAGGAUUUGUUGAGGGAUUGUUCUGGUUAUUUGGAAAGACCCCAAAUUUGACCAGGAUGAAGGUGAACUUUAGUUGUAUGACUAGGUAUUUCAGUAUUGAAAAGGCGAGGAGAAGAUUAGGAUACGUACCAUUAGUUCCGCUUGAUGAGGGUAUUAAGAUUACAGUGAAGCAUUUCGAAGAGGAAAAGGCCAGAGAAGGAGAGAAAAAGGGUCAAUGA